AUGGCCGACUUCCUACUUUUCGAGGGCCCUAUGGGUUACUCGCUUUUCAAGGUCACCCACCAGGGUGACACCGUCGGCAAUGGUUUGAAGGAAGUUCAAGAAGGUGUCAAUGACCUUGCAAAGUUCGGCAAGAUGGUCGAGCUUUCCAGUUUCCUGCCCUUCGAGAACAACAAGCAGGCUCUCGGAGAAAUCAACGACGUCUCCGAAGGUGUCGCAUCCGAGACUUUGGUUAACUUCCUUGAGUUGAACCUUCCCAAGCCGAACAAGAAGAAGAAGGUGGUCCUUGGUCUUGCCGACAAGGCUUUGGCCGGAAGCAUCAAGUCCGCUUUUUCAUUUGUGGACUGCGAGACCGGUGAUACCAGCGAGGUCGUUCAGGAUCUUCUCCGUGGUAUUCGUCUCCACGCUGGCAAGCUCCUCAAGCAGCUGCGCGAUGGCGAUAUGGACACUGCUCAGCUCGGUCUUGGUCACGCUUACUCCCGCGCUAAGGUAAAGUUCUCCGUCCAGCGUGACGACAACCACAUCAUCCAGGCUAUUGCCAUCUUGGAUCAGCUUGACAAGGCUAUCAACACCUUCUCCAUGCGUGUCCGUGAAUGGUACUCGUGGCACUUCCCCGAGCUCGUCAAGAUCGUCUCCGAUAACCAGCGUUACGCCGAGCUCGCUCUGUUCAUCAAGGACAAGCAGACUCUGACCGUCGAAAGCCUGCACGAUAUUGCCGCCCUUGUCGAAGAUGACGAGGCUGUUGCCCAGAGCAUCAUUGAUGCCGCCAAGACCAGUAUGGGUCAAGAGAUUUCCGAGUCUGACAUGGAGAAUGUCAUCGCUUUCGCCGAGCGCGUUGUCAAGCUCGCUAAAUACCGCAAGUCUCUCUACGCCUACCUAGUCGCCAAGAUGAGCGUCGUUGCUCCUAACCUUGCCGCCCUGAUCGGUGAAGUCGUUGGCGCCCGUCUGAUCUCCCACGCUGGUAGCUUGACCAACCUCUCCAAGUACCCCGCCUCUACCGUCCAGAUUCUUGGUGCUGAGAAGGCUCUUUUCCGUGCCUUGAAGACCAAGGGUAACACCCCCAAGUAUGGUCUGUUGUACCACUCUUCCUUCAUCGGCCGCGCUGGCCCCAAGAACAAGGGCAGAAUCUCCCGUUUCCUUGCCAACAAGUGCUCCAUUGCGUCCCGCAUUGACAACUUCUCUGAGGCCCCUAACACCAAGUUCGGUGAGGCCCUGAAGAGCCAAGUUGAGGAGCGCUUGGAGUUCUACGCCUCCGGCGCUGCCCCUACCAAGAACGAGGUCGCCAUGAAAAACGCCAUGGAUGCCGUGCUGGCUGACCUCGACGUCGACGCCGACCAGAGCGACGAGGAGAUGGAGGAUGUCGAUGCCAAGAAGGAGAAGAAGGAGAAGAAAGAAAAGAAGGAGAAGAAGGAGAAAAAAGAGAAGAAGGAGAAGCGCAAGUCUGUGGGUGGUGAGGGCGAGUCCGAGAAGAAGAAGAAGCGCAAGCACGACACGGACGCCGAGCCCUCCAAGAAGAAGCAAAAGGCUUAG